GGCGCGGCGGGCGGGCGAUGGCGCCGCAGUUCCGCAGCUACGUGUGGGACCCGGCGCUGAUCCUGGCGCAGAUGGUGCUGCUGCAGGCUGGUUAUUACAGCUCGCUCGGGCUCUGGCUCGCCCUCCUCGGCACCCUGGGCAGCACCGGGCCCUCCCUUCACCAGGUCUUCAGCGACGAGAUUUUAGGCUUCUCGACCCCGCCGGGGAGGCUCUCCAUGAUGGCUUUCAUCCUCAAUGCACUCACUUGCGCUCUGGGUUUGCUGUACUUCAUCCGCCGAGGAAAGCAGUGCCUGGACUUCACCGUCACCGUGCACUUCUUCCACCUGCUGGGCUGCUGGAUUUACAACUCGCGCUUCCCGUGGGCGCUGCCGUGGUGGCUGGUGCAGGUGGUGUGCACGGCGCUGAUGGCUGCGAUCGGCGAGUACCUCUGCAUGAGGAUCGAACUGCGGGAAAUCCCCCUCAGCUCCGCCCCCAAAUCCAACGUAUAGACUCCGUGCCUCCUCCCCUGGGCGUUCCCAGCACAGUUGAUGCCUCGGGGUCAGCACAGCAGGUCUGUUGAGACUCUUUUGUUGCCUUGGUCCUCGGGGAGUGUGUGAGCGUUUCCUCUGGCAUCAGCCACUGAGCCGGGAGGACAGAUGUGGGACUGUCUGGGGAGAGUGCUCCUCAACUCUUUGCUCAUGGGACUGUUAAAAGCCACGUGGCACAAGCAACGUGUGAAGAGCAUCAGGAAUUUGACCAACGUGGAGGGUGUCCUGUAGGGGUAAUGCAGUGAUCAGCUCUGACAGGAGAUGGCACAAUGAGCACCAGGAUUUGGAGCCACAUUCUUUCCAACCUGUAACUUGUUUGGGCUUUGCUUGGGGAAAAAAAUAAGCAAAGAAGUGGAUGGUUGGAGAGAAGGAAAGCAGUUGUACUUACCAGAGUCACCAGUGGAGACCCUCAGUCACCUGGAACGUGAGAUGGGCUUGUUUGCUGUUUCCAUGUCUAAUACACAGAGAUGUCAGACAGCAGUUUGAUGAAGAAAUCUUUUGUAAUAAUAAACACACCAUGUUGCUGUGAGUGUGUGAUGGCUCUCCUGGGAAGCUGAGCACUUCAGCAAAUGCCAUGAGUGUCUGUGUUGUGGCAACAGACAGAGAACCCCUGGCUGUAAGAGGCUCAGUGUCCAGAGCACAGGAAGUUUCCUACAAUAAAUAUUUCAUACCUCUGCUCUGAA